ACACUAUCAGAGUGCGCAUGCGCCAAUAAUGCAAUGCUGCGGUCACCUGCCGCUGCCUGGGCUGCAGACACGACCUACAGUUGUGGCCCGUUUCCUCUGCAGGAAACUGUACUCCACCUGUCCAGAGGCAGGACAGCGUCUGGCGUAAACAGCAGGGUAUAUACUUUCAAAGAGUGCAGUGCUGAUGUGAUGCUGGAGGAACAGGCUGUGGAGCACUGAGCUUCCCAUGGCUGUUAGCACCAUGGACUCCGAGUCAGCCCGGACACCUCAGCCUCAGGCUGCCCUGACUAAAGGAGGCCACACCCUGCUGCCUGCUGGAUAUCUGAGUGCCAGGCUGGGCACUCAAAGGAAGCACUAUGUCUGCGGCUCCAUUGCAGCUUUUACAAACAUAUUGGUGACUUUCCCCAUCCAGAAGGUGCUGUUCCGCCAGCAGCUGCAUGGUGUGUUGGCCACUGAGGCGGUGCGGCAGCUCCAGAGAGAUGGGCUGAGGAAUCUUUACCGGGGCCUGCUGCCCCCACUACUCCAGAAGAGCACUACAGUGGCCAUCAUGUUUGGCCUGUAUGAGGACUUCUCCAGAGUCUUACUAGACCGGGCCGGUGGCAGCGGCAUACCAGAGCUGUUCACUCGAAGCUUUGCCGCAGCAUUGGCAGGAACCACAGAGGCCAUCCUGACGCCAUUUGAGCGCGUGCAGACUCUCCUACAAGACCAUCGGCACCACGGGCGCUUCAACAACACAGGCCACACCUUCCGGACACUUCUGACUGAGUAUGGUGUCAGGGAGUGUUACCGUGGUCUGGUGCCCAUACUUCUCCGUAACGGCCCUAGCAAUGUGCUCUUCUUUGGGCUCCGCGGGCCCAUUAAGGAGCUGCUCCCAGAAGUCAGUAGCCGGGCAGGUCACAUGGUUAUUGAUUUCGUGUGUGGAGGAUUGCUGGGGGCAGCCCUUGGCAUCAUGUUCUAUCCAUUAAACGUGGUCAAGGCACGGGCUCAGUCUCAGGUCGGUGGACCCUUCCAGCCCUGCAGGAAAGUGCUGCUAACAGUGUGGAGAGAGAGAGGUGGCAGUGUGGUGAUGCUCUUCAGAGGGGCCCACCUCAACUACCACCGUUCACUCCUCUCCUGGGGGAUCAUCAAUGCCACCUAUGAACUUCUGCUAAAGCUGUUGUAAGAGGGUGGAGGUGACGGAAUAGAGCUGUAGAGGGGACAAGAAAGCAGUUAAAGGGAAAAAGCUGUAUGGUGUGAUGGAACCAGUUUGUUGAGAAGAAAGGAUGUCAUAAAGCUGAUGUACUUGUUGUCUGGCACUAUUUUGGGGACACUGAAGUUUCCAUGACUGAAAGACAGCAAUGAAGUUGCACUUCUGACAGGGGCCAACAGUCAGUGUGAGAUAACCCACCUGCCAUGACUAUUAACUGUUGUUAAAGUAUUAAAAAACAAGACACUCGCUUUAGCCUAUACAAAACUCGUGCCAGGGUCCAAUUGAAAUGCCCUUGUUUGCUCUCUGUGCAAAAAAAUGUUGAUGGAGCAAACUGAACUCCAGCGUUUUGUUUUUUUUCCCCUCACAGUUUCAAGCAAAGGCUAUGUGACUGGAUUCUUCAUAUGUGCUGUGUGCUGUGGUGUUUUGUAGACAACAUCUGUCUGUUUGUUUGACCAAGAGCUUUUCCUCUGUGAGGCUGUAUUCUGCCACUUAACUGAAACACUUUUGUACUUUUGACCAGUGAAAUUUCCCAACAUCUAUUGUCAAUGAGAGUUUAAUAAAUUGAGUGUUGGUCAUUUUACUUCUCUUUCUGCUCCAUCUCCAGCUAUUCGGCCGACAUAUUUAUGAGAUCAGAAGUUCUAUUGUUGAAAUGAUAUCUGUGAUUUAUAUAUAUGUUCUUGGAAAGACACACACAGGCUAUUUUAAACAGCUUCUCCUUUCACACAUGACUCAUCUUUGCCGAAUGGGACUUAAAUGUUUUGUCAAACACUGUCUUGGAUUGUUUUAUGAAGAGCUACUGGCAUGUGUUAGGCCUAUUUGAGUUUUGAGAAGUGCCCAUUUGUCAGUAAAAUAUACAGUUACACCCA